AUGGAGAUUUCAAUUCGAUCCCUCGUUGGAAGAUCAUCUUCGAUUGCAAGGAGUAGAAUUUUCCUACAAGGUUGCAUUGCAUGCCGUAAUUCAACCUUAUCUGCUAGCCAACCUAAUAUCAACGACUUACCGGUAGCAGACCUGACCAAAUCUCAAAGGAAAUCCAUACUGCAUCAUAAUAAGAGAAGCAUUCAACUUGAACAGGCUUCUAGACGUAAAGAACUUCAAAUACCCUUAAGUCGAGUGUAUGAUGAUUGGCUGUCUACUACUGGCCCAAAGCAUGUCAUGACUGUGGCUGAACACUAUGGUAUAUUUAAGGAUGUACUUAUGGAUUAUCCCUUUUUUCCUACCGUCAAUUUUGGAGUUGAGUAUCCGAACUAUCGAGUGCAAUGGGGCAAUUUAAUAUCACCAUCAAAGACUGCAGCUCGUCCAAAAAUUUCAUUUGCACCGAAAUAUAAUGACGGUUUAUGGACAUUAAUUAUGAUCAAUCCUGAUGGAGUAUUUAUCGAAAAUCAACAGGAAUCUGAAAUUUUGCAUUGGUUAUUGAUUAAUAUGGCGCCUUCAACAGCUAUUAAAGGCGUAGAAGCUUGUAAAUACUUGCAGCCUUUACCUAUUAGAGGCACUGGAUACCAUCGAUUAAUAUUUCUAUUAUGCAAACAAAGCAGGGAAAUACCAGUUCCAGAUCAAAUCACGGACAUUGCUGAUCGUUCUUUCUCAACAUACAACUUCUUAAUACAACAUCAAGACUCUCUUAAGCCAGUUGGACUAAGAUUUUUUCAAUCUGAUUGGGACAAAUCAGUAACAACAAGUUUCCGGAAAAUGCUAGGAAUGAACGAGCCUACGUAUAGCGCGCAACCUAUACCUCUAUCUAAAUCUCGAUUAAAGAAAUACAAGCACAGAAAUAUUUACAAGAACAAGGAAAAGUUGUUUAGAGCUUAA